AUGGAUUUGAAUAGGUUGAAGUAUGCUACUCCAUUACAAUCAUUUGUGGAUACUACGUUUUUCCAGGAAUUGUCCCGUAUAAAACUGGAUAUUUUGAAGUUAAGCUCUGAGGGACAAAAAAUCUACACUUCAGUAAAUUUGGAAAACCUUUCGAAGAGCAGUGUGGGUGGGAGUAUAUUUUUGAACAGUCAAAGUUUCGACCAAGAGUGUUGGCAUGGAGUAGAGAAAGAUGUUGUGAUUAGUGGGACUCUGUAUAAUUUUAAUACUAUCGAAGAAUUCAAAAGCCUAGAUAAACAAAAAUUCUUGGAAGACAGAUUCAAAGACGUAUGGGAAAGGUCAAAGCAUGAUAUUAAUCAGGCUGUGAGCUUUGAUAUGAUAAGUUUUGCCGAUUUGAAAAGAUACAAGUUUUAUUACUGGUUAUGUGUAACAUGUUUCAUCCCACAAUUGUUAUCGGUAAAUAUUAUCAAAAAGGUACCGAUAGAUGGCGUUGAAGAAAUACAGAAAUGGUUUAACAUGCAUAGUAAAGAAUGGGUUUGUUUACUUGACAAAAAAGGUCAUAUACUCAAGUAUUCCGUAGAUGCCGUGGAAAAUAGUCGAGCCCUGUGUAUUAGAGAUACCAGUAAUGUACCGGAAACUCCGUCAACGUUAACGAAGAAUUUUUUAAGUAUUUUCAAUUACCAUUAUCCAGCAAAGAACCAAAUAAUGGUGAAUUUUAUACGAACUAAUGAUUCCAGUUUUGCGUAUGAUUUAAAGCUGAGUUCUGAGGGAACCAUUGACAGGUUCAAGGUAAGUGGUUGGGAACGAAAUGCACAGGGAAAAUUGUUGCCUCGAGUGACAGACCUAAGUGCCCUGAUUGAUCCUUUGAAAAUCGCAGAUCAAUCAGUUGACUUAAACCUGAAGUUAAUGAAGUGGAGAGUUGCACCAGAGAUCAACUUGAAGGUAAUAAAAGAGAUUAAGGUGCUAAUAUUGGGCGCAGGCACGUUAGGGUGUUAUGUUUCAAGAACGUUGAUGGCGUGGGGUGUACGAACUGUAACUUUAGUUGAUAACAGUACAGUGUCAUUUUCAAACCCUGUUCGACAAUCUCUUUUUGGAUUCGAUGACGUUGGAAAACCAAAGGCCGAGACAGCAGCAAAUGCAUUGAAAAAAGUGUUCCCAUUAAUGGAUGCUACAGGGGUGGAGUUAAGUAUACCGAUGAUAGGACAUCCAAUUACAAAUGAAGAAAAGGAAAAGAAAGAGUUCGAAAAACUUUAUGAGUUGAUCAAAUGUCAUGAUGUUAUCUUCCUACUGAUGGACUCCCGUGAAACUCGUUGGCUACCAGCUGUUUUAGCCAACGUGAUGGGAAAAGUAGUUAUAAAUGCCGCAUUGGGAUUUGAUAGUUAUUUGGUUAUGAGGCAUGGUAUUUACGAUGCAAAUGACGAUUCUGAAAGACUUGGUUGUUAUUUUUGCAAUGAUGUUGUCGUCCCAAUGGAUAGUUUAACAGAUAAGACUCUUGAUCAGAUGUGUACUGUCACAAGACCUGGUGUUGCACUAUUGGCCGCAGCGCAGGCAGUUGAGCUCCUGGUUUCCCUUUUGCAACAAAAGGCAGUUCAUAAUGUACCAGCUGGUGAGAAAAAUUUCCUUGGUUGUAUACCCCAUCAGAUUCGUGGCUUUUUAAAUGAGUUUACAACAUUGAAAUUAGAAACUCCAGCUUAUAAGCAUUGUUCUGCUUGCAGCAGUGCAAUCGUGCAAGAAUGUGAAGAACUGGGAUGGGAGUUUGUAAAAAAUUCAUUGAACAAUCCUGAUUAUAUUGAGGAACUGAGUGGCCUUAGGGACGUUAAAAGGGAAGUGGAAAACUUGACUGAAGAUAUCACAGAAUGGAAUAUAGAUGAGGAAGAGGAAUUUGACAUUAUAAGGUAA